AUGACGGAAAAUUCUCGUGGAGCAUGGGGGAACCAAAUUCAAUUUGUACUCACCUGCAUUGGAUUUUCAGUUGGUUUGGGUAAUCUUUGGAGAUUUCCAGCUAUGGCCUACGAGAAUGGAGGAGCAGCAUUCCUCAUCCCCUAUGUCACCUGCUCUAUUCUCGUUGGACUUCCAUGUUUGUAUCUUGAAUUCUUCAUCGGCCAAUCUACUCAAUCCGGACCAUCGAAAGCGUUCUGGUAUUAUAUGCCAGCUCUACAAGGUAUAGGCUGGGCAAUGUCCCUUCUGAGUUUACUGACUGGAAUUUACUAUAAUCUUGUGGUGGCUUGGUGUCUUCGGUACAUUUUCGAUGUGAUCACCUUCCAAUCAUCAAAAUGGACAUCUUGCGAUAACUACUGGAACAGCGAGACUUGUCAGGGUAUCAAUGGAUCUGUAGCCGCCAUAGGAGAUAAUGCUACAUUUGCGGCUCAAGAAUUUUUUAGGAAGGUUGCUGACAAAUAUUCGGAUCUGAAGGUGGAAUUUUUGCUUAUCAUCGACCCAGAAUGCCGAGCCAUCUAUCCCAUUAAGCAGUACAAAAUGACUGGUAAAAUGGCUCGAUUUUUGGGUCAGAAGAGGAUUUCAACGAAACAACGUAUUCGGGUGGGAUUGGAAUAUCGCUUAUUCAAAAUGUCUGCUACUCCGGAAGAGUAUGGCAUGUUUAAUUGGGAGAUGUUCACUGCACUGUUGAUGGCCUGGAUUAUAACGUGUCUGUCAAUAAUCAAAGGAGUUUCAGUUAUCGGAAAAAUCUCAUUUUUAACCGCUACUUUGCCUUAUGUUAUAAUAGUGAUAAUGUUCAUUCGCGGGGUGACAAUGGAUGGAGCUAAGGCCGGAAUAGACUACUACUUGCUGAAGCCGGAUAUGAGUAAAGUAUUUCGCCUAAAGACGUGGGUGGAAGCGGCCAAGCAGUUAUGUUUCAGCCUAAGUAUUGGCUUCGGUGGUCUACUGGCUUUGGCUUCUUUCAAUAAAAAAGAUCACAACUGCUUCCGGGAUGCUAUCGUCGUGACUAUUUGUGAUUGCCUUAUGAGUAUAAUUGGUGGUGUCGCCGUUUUUUCGACCCUCGGGUCAUUGUCAAAAUCGUCUGGGAAACCAAUAGAUGAUCUCUUCAAAUAUGAUGCUCCUUCAAUCACCUUCGUAACUUACCCACAAGCGAUCAGUACCAUGCCUGUUCCUGAGCUGUUCGCACUCCUAUUGUUCUUCAUGUUUUUUCUUCUAGGAAUCAGCAGUCAAUUCGGCACCACUCAGACAAUCGUCACCACAGUGACUGACCAAUUUCCUGCUCUGCGAAGAUGGAAAUGGGCGGUGGCCGUAGGGUUGUGUAUAUUCUGCCUGCUCGUUGGACUGCUGAUGUGUUGGCAGUCCGGCUUUUACUGGUUUCAACUGUUCUUCAACUCUAUUGGUGGCAUUACCGUCCUCAUUCUGUGCCUCGUUGAAGUUGUCUCCAUAAUAUACCUCUACGGUAGAUCUAAUAUAAUUCGUGACAUACGAAAGAACCUUGGCUACCCUAAAAGCAGAUUGACAAAGAUAUUCGGCGCCUCAGGCUACUAUAUAUUGCUAUGCUGGACUGUUCUUACCCCGUUCAUACUUAUGGUCGUUGUCGUAACUGGAAUUGUUGCUGAUUUUUGUAGUGCCACUAACAAAGACAGGAAUCUGUUCUUAACAUAUCUACCUCUUCUUCUGAUCCCUGGCCUCACUUUCAUUAAUAUCUGGUAUUUCGUGAGAAAAGGAAAGAGUUGGAAACAAGCCUUCAUAAUCCGGUCACAACUACCUUCCAUCGAAACACGAGCCAAAGAGGUACGGAUAACGCCUGCUACUCUGAUGCCAAACGAUAAAAUCUUCGCUUUCAAUUGA